AUGUCUCAUACCGCUGUGCAGGGUAGUAUUGGCAGCCAUUCUGCCAUGGGGAUGCGCACCCACAAAAUAUAUCUGUACGAGUGCGAGAAUUUCCAAGGCCGCAUGAUGGAGUUAAGCGGGGAGUGUCGCAACAUCUGUGAGAAGGGCCUCGACCGCGUCCGCUCCAUCAUAGUGGAGUGUGGCCCCUGGGUGGGUUACGAACAGCAGAACAUGUGUGGUGAGAUGUUCAUUUUGGAGAGGGGAGAGUACCCCCGCUGGGACACGUGGUCAAACAGCUACCGCUGUGAUCGCUUCAUGUCCGUCAGGCCGGUCCGCAUGGACCCACAAGAUCAUAAGAUUUGCCUGUACGAGUGUAUGAACUUUGAAGGCCGUAAGAUGGAGGUCUGUGAUGAAGACAUCCCCAGUCUGUGGUCUUAUGGCUUCCAGGACAGAGUAGCUAGUAUUCAAGUCACUGGAGGAACGUGGGUUGGGUACCAAUACCCUGGCUAUCGUGGAUACCAAUACCUGUUCGAGUUUGGCUCUUAUAAGCACUGGAAUGAGUGGGGUGCCAACCACCCUGAGAUCCAGUCUAUCCGACGAGUGCGGGACAUGCAGACACAUCGCAGAGGGUGCUUCGAGAUGACCGCAUAA